AAAAAACAAUCAGGUUCCGAGGACGAAAUGAAAAUUGCAUGAAAACCGGAGGCCUCCGCAACUUCCGGUCGCUAUCCAUCUACCCGCCGAUUCCACCGAUCUCCCGCGAAGAAAUAAUCUCUCUCUCUCUCAGAGUCGAUCGACCGAAACCCUAAGUUACAAUCGGCGAAUUGAUCAAUCGAGCAUUCAUGAGAGGUCGGGACAUGAUCAACACGCACUUGCCGGACGAGCUGAUCGUCGAGGUCUUCAGGCGGCUCGACUCCAAGGUCGGCCGCGACGCCUGCUCCCUCGUCUGCAAGAGGUGGCUCGGCCUCGAGCGGCUCAGCCGCACCACCCUCCGCAUCGGCGCAUCUGGCACAGCCGAUCUCUUCGUCAGGCUUCUUUCCCGCCGCUUCACCAAUGUCAAGAGCGUCCACGUCGACGAGAGGCUCUCCAUUUCCUUCCCCGUGAAGAUGAUUUGUUGCAUUUCCAUGUUGCAGGGAAGACAGAAGCGUCGGAAAGGGCAUGCACCAUCUUCUAAGGUGGAUGACGGGACUAAGCUCAGUGAUUCCUCGGAGACGGUUGAAUCAAGCUGUUUGUCUGAUGCCGGGUUGACUCUUCUUGGUGAAGGCUUUCCUAAACUUGAGAAAUUGAGCUUAAUUUGGUGCUCAAAUGUUUCAAGUGUGGGUCUAAGAUCCCUUGCUGAGAGGUGUAGAUCGUUGAGAUCUUUGGAUCUGCAGGGUUGCUAUAUUGGAGACCAAGGUUUAGCUGCUGUUGGAGAGUUUUGCAAACAGCUGAAAGAUUUGAGUCUGCGGUUUUGUGAAGGGUUGACUGACGCAGGUUUGGUUGAAUUAGUCCUUGGUUGUGGCAAGUCACUCAAGUCUCUCUCUGUUGCAGCUUGUGCCAAAAUAGGUGACCUUUCCAUGGAAGCGGUCGGAGCUCACUGUAUAUCUCUUGAAACUUUGUCACUGGAUUCAGAGUUCAUGCAAGACAGAGGACUGCUUGCUGUGGCCAGGGGAUGUAAAAUUUUGAAGGUUUUGAAGCUGCAGUGUGUAAAUGUUACAGAUGAAGUUUUGAAAGCUGUGGGUGUUUCAUGUUCAUCGCUGGAGCAGUUAUCACUGAACAGUUUUCAGAAGUUCACUGAUGUGGGUUUACUAUCAGUGGGGCACGGGUGUAAAAAGUUGAGAAAUCUCACUCUAAGUGAUUGUGCUUUCGUGACUGAUGAGGGUGUAGGAGCAAUUGCAACAGGUUGCAAGGAGCUCACUCACCUAGAAAUUAAUGGUUGCCACAAUAUUGGAACAACUGGGCUGGUGUCUGUUGGAAGAUAUUGCCUGAAUCUCACUGAGUUGGCCUUGUUAUACUGCCAGAGGAUCAGUAACAGUGCACUUCUUGAAAUAGGAAAGAGUUGUAAACUCCUACAAGCCCUACACUUGGUUGAUUGCUCCAGCAUUGGGGAUGAUGCCAUCUGCAGCAUAGCCAGAGGCUGUAGGAAUUUGAAAAAGCUUCAUAUACGGCGCUGUUAUGAGAUUGGAGAUGCAGCAAUUAUUGCUGUUGGCGAGUAUUGCAAGUCCCUGACCGAUCUAAGUCUUCGGUUUUGCGACAGGGUAGGAGAUGAGGCCCUCAUUGCUGUUGGGCAAGGUUGCUCUUUAACUCACUUAAAUGUCAGUGGUUGCCACCAGAUUGGUGAUGACGGGAUUAUAGCUAUAGCAAGAGGGUGCCCUCGACUCAGUUACCUGGACGUUAGUGUCCUUCAGAACUUAGGGGAUAUGGCGAUGGCUGAGCUCGGAGAAGGUUGUCCCUUGCUGAAGGACAUAGUUCUCUCUCACUGCCGCCAAAUAACGGACGCGGGACUUUCCCACCUCGUCAGGAGCUGUCCCAUGCUUGAAUCCUGCCACAUGGUCUACUGUCCCCGCAUAACUUCCUCGGGAGUUGCCACUGUGGUCUCAGGCUGCCCCAACAUGAAGAAGAUCCUCGUCGAGAAGUCCAAGGUGAGCGAGCGGACUCAGAGGAGGGCCGGCUCCAUCAUCUCCUACCUCUGUCUCGAUCUCUGAGAGGAAACAGGUCAAAUCCUCAUCGAACCUACCUUGCUAACAUGGGAGCAGGUCAUGGACGGAAGUGCCAUCUCCUGUGGAUCCUGGAGUUGUUACAUUACCCGGUCUUCCGAAGUGCAUUCGGGUCCCCUUCUAUCUUAGAUAUUAGGUCAUUUAUGGUUUCUUUCUAUCAUCUUUUAUUUACUCUUUGUUCCGGUAUAUAGUUCAGAUCGGUCCAGUGCAACAGUUUUGUGAGGGAAGGUGUAUGGUGUACGGAAUAUGUAUCGCCCGACUGUCUUCGGGGAUUACAUUUAAGAAUAAUAAGUAGCAAUCUCAUGUAAAUACCACAGAAUAGUAGUUUGAUCCGCGUAAUAAUUUCGAUUAUAGAAUUGCAGAUUCGACGUUAUUUGGAGAGUGAAAUGUAAUUAUUUCGA